AUUGUAUGAAGAUGUUUAAGCUAGCAUUAUGCUAAAAUAUUAGCUAAACUCAAAAUUAGCCUAAAAAAACUGGAAAAUGACUAAUUUUGACACUAUUUUAGCAUGUAGUGUAAAUUAGCCAAACACAGCUAGCAUGUUGCUAUAAUAAAAGCUAAAUUAGCCUAAAUUAGCCUAAAAAAAGUGCACAAAUGUUUCGAAGGAUUUUAAUAAUGUCUCAUUCAUUUCCUUUGGUGCAUAUUUUGCUCAAUAUUUCAAAAACUGCUGAGUUUUGAAUACCAAAAAUACAAGCAGUAAUGUCGCGAACAAGCUGUGAGUGAGUUUUUUUACGUGCCACAAAACGUACGGAAACGAGCUGGAGAAUCAUAAUCUUAAAGAAGACCAGAAUGUGAUUUUAUGCUGCUUUAGCCUCAACUUUAAAUGGAGUUAAGACCUCUGCAGGGCAGCCGUCACAGGUGUUGUAUGACUGCAUGAGAGGGCAGGUGGAAAACAAAAGCAGGGUGAUUGAUAACCCAAUUAAAUGCGUUUCUUUUCUUUGAAAAAAAAAAGCUACAAAAACUGUGAACUGAAUCUGUCACAUCAGGGAAAAAUCAUGAAAGAAAAUAUGCACAAACAAAUCUAUUCCAUUUUAAAAUCCGGAUCUUAACAUACAUUGGACGUGAAUUCAGGUUUAGCUGCCAAAUAAAUAAAUAAAUAAAUAAAUCCCCCCCAACAUUUGUGAGGGAUCAUGCGUCUGGCACGCGUCGUGGAGAGGCGUGCCUCCGAUUGCGCUCAAAUUUGAGUCGGUGCGUUAGUAGUGACGAGCACAUUUCACUUUGAAUCUGCUCGGAACCGGAUCCCUGGAGGGAGUUUGGACCGACACAAAGGCGCGGACGCGCGGAUACAGACCUGAUUUCAACUUGAGAGGAGGAUUGUGCCACAUUGGAGCGUUCUGGUGCGCGCCCGAGGAAGACGCAGCAGCAGAUGGAUUCAGCCUUAUUCUUAAAUGAUUAUUUUCCCUAAUUUUGAAUAAAAAAAAAAUACAUAACCAGAUUCAUUGAAUCUGUAUUUUACACAAAAACCCGCGCGUGAAGAGUGAGCUCGCAUCAGCAGCCGCGCGCCCUCAUCCUUGGAUGUGGAGCUGUCCUUCUAUCAGUCCGUUUGUGCACUGACUGGUCGGUCUGGACCCACUUUGAGGAGUUUAAAGUUGCUCAUCGUCACAAUCUUUCCAGCAAUGACCACCGAGAGCAACGAGAUGGAGAGCGACUCCCAGCUCCAGCGCUCCCCGAGCAACGCGCCCAUGCAGCCGGUCUCAUCCAAGCUGCAGAGACUCAAACGCUCGCUUUCCUUCAAGACCAUGAUGCGCAGCAAAAGCGUGGAGAACUUCUUCCAGAGGUCCUACAGCGACGCCCGCCUCCCUCCGGACUUCAUCACAGACCCGCCGCCGCCGUCUCCCCCCCUGAUGCCCGGCUCCCCUCUGGUUGGCGAGCGCUCACCCUCCAUCUCCCCGUCGCUGAGCCCCAACCCCUCCAUCUCGUCCCACUCUCCGUCUCUCAGCCUUUCUCCAUCGUUGCCCGCCAAGCCCUCCCGACCGCAGAUUAACCACUGCUUCCAGGACCAUGUCUUUCGAAAGCCCACCAACUGCCAGCACUGCAAGCACAUGAUAGUGGGAAACUCCAAACAAGCUCUGCGGUGUAAAACCUGCAAGAUGGCCGCUCACCUGUGGUGCACGUCUGAACUAUCGCAGCAGCCGUGUCACGGGAAGUCUGGAGCGUUCAAGCGAAACUUCAGCUCGCCCAUGCUCGUCAACGACCAAUUGUCUGUGGUGAAGGAAGUUCAGCCGAGCCAAGAGACGGCUGCACGGAUGCGUGUAGAUCCCGUUUAUGCCGCCUUGCGCUAUGGGACGUCCUUGGCACAGAUGAGCCGCUCCAGUUUUGGCAGUCUGUCAGAAUCACCAACGCGCAGUUUGGGGGAGGGAGGUGAGGAGAGGCAGCAGAGGCAGUGCAGCAUGGAGGAGGAGAUAACUCAGGAGACGGGGGACGCUCCGGUCGCUGACGAGGAGAUGGAAAAGGAGGUGGAGGAGAGCGGCGAGCAGGCGCAGCUGCCUCCAGAGGACACCGGUGCAAAGAUGCCAAAGCGCAUUGAAGUCCACUCCAUCCACACCUAUGUGGCGCUCUACAAGUUCCUCCCUCAGGAGCAGAACGACCUGGAACUUCAUCCCGGAGAUCGGGUUCAGGUCAUAGACGACUCUAAUGAGGAGUGGUGGAAGGGUAAAAGUGGAGACAAGAUCGGCUUUUUUCCCUCCAACUUUGUGCAGAGAGUCCGUCCGGGAGAACGCGUGUGGCGUGUCGUCCAAGGAACGUCUGGGAACCGGGAGAGAGGACACAUGGCAGUGAGAGAGUCCCAGAUCUGUGUCGGUAAGAGAGAAGACGGAGAGGUGUUUGUGAAGCUGAGCAGUGGGAAGAAGAGAGGCUUGGUCCCCGCUGACUCCAUAGAGGAGAUCUGAACCUUCUUCUGUGUGGACGUCCAUCCUCCCUCCUCCUCUGCAUCCAGCUGGGUUUCCCUGAUUAUCCGCUCUGCCCUCCAUCCGCCCUCUCCGGAGAACCAGCAGCCUCCUCCUUCAAACCCAACAGCAAAUAUGCACUUCUGCAAACAUCUGGGAUCCUGAUAUUUGCACGACUGCAAGCCUUCAAUCGAGCUAUGCAGUCUCUACGAAAUGAACUUCUUUGCAAUUUUGAA